CGGACAAGGCUGCAUCACAAGGAUCAUGGCCGAUAGUGCUUCGAUGCUCGUAAAACUCCCACCAGGCAACACGCCUUAUUCCAUGGCUUGCUUGAAAAGUACAAACACCUUCUUCGCGCUCAUCAUCUUGAGAUCUGUCUCUCUUUUUGUUUUCCGUAUACCAUGUACAGUCGCUCGCUAUAAUCUUUCAACUAAUAUAAUAAUGGCUCUUCCAUGGCUCUCGUUCACGCUUACCUUCUUACUGAUCGCGCUGAUCCCCGACCAAACUCUCGCAUUACCACAACCCGAAUCACAGCAUCUCGAGCCCCCACAACUGGAACCCCGAGGCGGCGGCUGGACAAAUGCAUACUGGGUUUCGCAACAAGAUCUCACAGCAGCGACGCAAGCACAAUGUCCUGCCUGGGCACCGAUAAAUUGCAACGCGAUUCAAGAACCAGAUUACUGCUGCACUCCCUCCACCUACUGCGCCCGCGCUUCCGACAACACAAUCGGCUGCUGCCCCUGGGGUCAAACCUGUAACCCUUCCAUCGCUGGCGGUGGGGCUGGCGGGUACACACAACAAACUUCUUGGGUCCAACCUACCACUACAUGGCAACAGCAGCCUUCUACUGUAUAUGUUACGCAAGGACAUGCGACAACCACUGUGGUUUAUGCGGCCGGGCAAGGACAACAGACUACAGUAUAUGCGGGACAAGGACAGGGCCAGCAGUAUUGUUCUACGCUCUAUGCGCAUGGGGGUAAUUUGCCGACGACGGAGGUGGGGACGUGUGGAACGAUCUUGAUUGCUAAUCGAGCUGGGAGGAGUAGAGAGAUGGGGAGGAUGGUCUUGGUGAGUGCGGUUUUGAUGACUGUUGGAGGUAUCAUCUUAGGAGUUAGGGGUUGGGUGUGAUGAGAC